CAGGAUGGCAAUCAAGAUUAUGAUAGCGGUGUUGAUGGGAGUUGUCUCGGCUACAGGGUUGGUUGCGGCUCCAGGCCGCUUGCGUUUCGUUCGGGAACUGUUACCAUACUCAACGGCAGUCCACCCUGGACCGUUCACAGGCGUCAAAUCUUCGCAUCUCAACGGACUGCUGCCCCACGGACCUAUUGGUUAUUCUGGAAAACCUAUUGAAUACAGCAAACCUCAAUACAAAUUCGACUACGCUGUGAGCGAUGACUACACCGGCUCCCACUUCGGCCACGCUGAGGAGAGAGACGGCUACGUUACCAAAGGAAAGUACUUCGUGCACCUCCCCGAUGGUCGCAUUCAGACCGUUACCUACUACGCUGACAAGACUGGCUACCACCCUACCAUUACCUAUGAGGGCAAGGCCCAUUACCCCUCAUACGGAGCGGCUCCUUACGUCAAGCCUGCCUAUAAAGCCCCUGUAGGAAAAUAUGGAACUCCGACUCCUGCGUACUUCUAAGUGGUUUUUUUUAUAUAUAACAAAAUUUGAUUCACUGCUGCUGCUCCAUUCUCUGUGGGAACAAAAUCUUGUUAUAUAUACUUGGUAUAUUCCAUCACGCAGGAUGGGCCUUAUACAUUAUAUUGAGAUAAGUCAGUCUUAGAUGAGUCAGCUACUACGUAGCUAAUUAAAGAUUUUGUUUCUGCAGCGCUGGAAAAACUUUUAUUAGGGAAUUACCAUGUUUCUGGAUGUCUACCACUUAUA